AUGGGCAUGGCUUUGAAGCUAGAUUGCAAGCGUGAAAUUCGAGACUUACGAGGAGCUAUCGAAACACCGAAUUUCCCUCAAAAUUAUCCACACCACGCCGACUGUGAAUGGAAAUUAAUCCCACCAAUGGGAAAUAGAGUAUUCCUUGAGUUUUCACACUUUGAAUUAGAGUCAAGCGCUGGCACCGAAUCAGAUGAUUGUACAUUCGAUCAUUUGACCAUUGAGGAGCGCGACAGCAAUGACGGAUUAAUUCGAACAAAUAAAUAUUGUCAAAUUUUAAUGCCAAAACCACUGAACACAUCCCAUAUCGUCGUUCUAAAGUUCAAGUCCGAUUAUAGUGAAACAUUUGGUGGUUUUCAUUUGGAAUACGAAAUGCAAGGCUGUGGCGGUACUUUAACCAAAUCUGAGGGACAAUUUACAUCACCAAACUAUCCAAACCAUUAUCCUCGUGACACACAGUGCCAAUGGGUGAUUCAAGUUGAAUAUGGACAUUUGAUUGAAAUCACUUUAACCGAUUUCGACUUCUCGGCUUUUACGGAUUGCAAACAAGUUGGAUUGAUUGUGUCAAACAAUGCCAAUGCAACAAAAGUAAUAAAUAGAUUCUGCGGUACUAUUCAAAAUAAUCAAAAAUCGGUGGUCACUUCGAGCGAAAAUACGGUUUAUGUGCAUUUUUACAGUGAUUUUUCUUCUCCGGGCAGAGGAUUCUCCGCAACGUAUAAAUCAGUUCCAGCCCAAUGUGGUGGCAUCUUUGCCAGUGCUCAAGGGAAUAUCACCAGUUUGAACUAUCCAAACAACUAUCCAGAAAAUAUACACUGUCAAUGGCUACUUCGAACUGAAGUAUCACACACAAUUUCAUUCCAAUACACUGACUUUGAUCUGGAGGAUCGAUGUACGGAUGAUCAUGUUAGCAUUUAUGACGGAUCAGAAAUGAAUGAAGACAAACUUUUGUUGAAGACAUGCGGUAGUCAAACAUUUGGACCAGAUUCAGGCAAUCAAACCGCUCGUCCUGGAUUCACUAAGCCACUUAAAUCGUCAGCCAAUGAAAUGCUUAUUGUGAUGGAAACAGAUUCCUCGGUUACAGCCAAAGGUUUUGCGGCUAAAUUUGAAACGUCCUGUGGAUCAAAAAUCAACACAUCAUCCAGUGGCAUUUUGGAAAUUGGUCAUAAUCUACGAUGGCUAGCCAACGGCUGUGAAUGGACUAUUACUGCAAACGAUCCAAUUCAACAUGUCUCUUUGAGUAUUAUGCACAUGGACAACGAGCCUAUCUUACCCUCAAGUCAAUGCUUGCGAAAGAUUUAUGUUUACGAUGGUACAUCAACUAGCUCCCCGAAAAUAACUGAAAUCUGUUCAAGCAAACAUCCCCCGCCAAUCACUAGUGAAGGUAACUCACUUACAUUAUCGAUUUCCGAUGUCAGCGCACAAGAUUCUACCUCCAAAUUCGACUUGAAAGCAGCUUACACCGUCUUAGAUACUGAAUGUGGUGGAGAUUUCGGCUCGAUUGAUGGUCAAAUUGCAUCGCCUGGUUAUCCAAAACCUUACAAAAACAAUAUAGAAUGCGAAUGGACGAUCCAAGCAUCGCCUGGCAACGAAAUGGAGAUCAACAUUGAUAUGUUGGAUAUUAAUCAAACCGAUUAUUGUAAUGGUGAUUAUUUGGAAGUUCGUGAGGGAAACAGUGUCGGAAAGAUGAUCGGAGUGUAUUGUGGUACUAAUAGUAGUAUACUGCCCACAUUGCCACGGGUGACCACUUAUUGGUUGAAAUUCCGUAGUGAUAACGAUGGCGUUGGUAGUGGUUUUAGACUUGAAUAUGGCUACGCAAAAUUUGUUGAGCAAACCGGUCAAAGCGGUGUCAUCACAUCCAUGAUGUAUCCAUCUUACGUAUAUCGCACGCUUGGUUCGUAUAAAUGGCGUAUCAUAGUGGCUCUGGAUAAUUUGAUACGAGUUACCAUUGAAAAUUGCAUUCUAAAUGGUGUUAGCCAAAUUUCGAUCUAUGAUGGAAAUGAUGAAGCUUCGGAUAUUUUAGAAACCAUCAAAAGUGAUGACAUUCCAACUGAACCAAUUCUAUCGAGCACAAAUGUGAUUUUUGUUGAAUUUGAAAUUCCGACAUUCAGUGCGUCAAAAUUCAUGUUGGUUUGGAAUGAGGUGUCGGAAUCAGAGGCCUAUGAAUCAAACAAAGAAACGAAUAGUUUGAAUUGUUCAAGAAAUUCCGUGAUAAGGGCUAGCGAAGCGGACAUUUUGAAAAUACAAUCACCAGGUUUCCCGGGUGGUUAUGAUGACAACACAAUCUGUCAAUGGACAUUUUUGCCGAGAAUGGGAUAUCACGUUAGCAUUUCAUUUACGACCAUUGAUCUAGAAUCGUCCAACGACUGUAUAGCUGAUUAUGUGCGCGUUGGCAGUGGAUCCGAUAUGCAACAAUUCCAACAAAGUUCACGAAUGUGUACCAUGGAUGAAAAUGCACCAAUUCAUCGAUUCCAUGGCACACCAAACUUGAGAGUACAAUUCCAAACGGAUGUUUCAGACACUCGUACUGGUUUCGAAGGUAUUGUGGUGUUAGAUUGUGGUGGUUUGCUUGAGUCGCCACAGGGUCAAAUAACCAAUCGGAUGAUCGUAUCGAAUCAAUCACAAUUCAGAAUGAAUGAGACAUGCACUUGGACUGUUAGUGUAGAUCAUGGCCGGACAAUUCAAUUCGAUUUUAAAACACUCAAUUUGGUGAAAAAUGACGAUGGAUCGUGUAACAGUUAUAUCAUUAUUAGAAAUGGCAUUCAUGACGAUUCGCCAUUCCUAGGUUUGGGCCAAUAUUGCGGAGACUCACCAGUGAUCCCGGAGACCAGUAGCAACAAGGCAAUCGUGCAAUUUGUCAGAAACCGUACAUUCCGUACAUUAAACGAAUUCGUUCUUACAUAUGAACAAGUUGAAUAUGAUUGCGGUGGCUCAUUUACGCUUGACCACAACACCAAUUCAACCAUUAUCAGUACGCCAAAUUAUCCAAACAUUCCAAGUGCUCACAUUGAAUGUGUGUGGCGUGUAACGGCACCGAACGGCGAACUAAUGAAAAUUGAAUUUUUGCAACGCUUUGAUCUAACAUCGACGGCCAAUUGUACGAGUGAGUAUGUUGAAGUGCGUGAAAGUAGUACGGCUAGUUCUCCGGUCAUUGGGAAAUAUUGCAGUGUGAAACCACUUCCAAUUUUCUCUUCUUCAAAUAUGGUGCGUUUGAUGUAUUUCACCGAUGUUUUGGUACCAAAGAAUGGAUUCAAAGCUAAAGUCUCAUUUGCACGCUGCGGCAAAUCGAUCAUGGCAAACAGUGGCUUUAUAUCGAGUCCAGGAUUCCCAGGAAGAGGAGCAUAUCCAACACAAACCACUUGCGAUUACCAUAUAACCGGUCGCACUGGAACCGAACUGAACAUAACAUUCCUGAGUUUGGAUCUACCAGAGGCUGACAAUUGCAGUGAUGUUGAUCACAUCGAAAUCUACUCAAUGCUGAGAAAUGCCGAUGGAAUUUCGAGCAAAGCAGAAGUAACAAAAGUAUGCGGCAAUACCAUACCAGACAGUAUUUUAACAUUUAACGCAAUGGCUUUGAUCCGAUUUGUUUCGAAGUCUGGAAAUAAUUUGUACACCGGUUUCCGGUUUAUGUUCCAAUCCACCAGGGACGUUUGUGGUGCAAGCAUCGAAGCUUCAACUGGUAUCAUUCAAAGUCCUAGCUAUCCAUUUAAUUUGGACACAAUUAGAAAUUGCGUGUGGAAGAUAACUGUACCGAAAGGUCACCGAGUCAAAGUUGAAGUACUUGAUGUAAAUCCAAUUGUUUCCGGGACGGAUGAAUUGUUUCAUGUUAAUUUUUUCAAUGAUUUUGGGUUUACAAGUUACAUUAAAACGUUUUUUGGCAAUAAUCGAAUGGCGCAACCAGCAAUAGUGUAUUCAACUGAUAAUAAGUUGGCAAUUUAUUCACUAGCCAGUCGUGGGUUUAAAAUGCGUUUCACAUCCGAUGAGCCAACGGUGUGUGAGGGCAACUUGAAUGGAAACGAAGGAACAUUCCAUUUUCCUGAGAAUGUAACACGAUUCUACUGUGAAUUCACAUGGGAUUCACAACGACCAUUCCUCGAACCACAACCAAACAACGGAACGCUUUCAAUCAAAAUAUUGGACGAAUCAUUGCGCCCGCAAUGUAUACCGAAACUAUCGACGGGUAUUUCGGUUAUUUUCUUUGCAAACGAAAAUCGUACUAUCUUCACAAAAUGCCCACCUAAAUAUGAUAACAUCGCGUCGCCUUAUUCUAGCACAAAACUAACGUUGCGAAACAUCCCACAAAUGAUAUUUACGACCACAUUCAAAUAUCGAUUCCAGUACAAAGUACACAAUUGCGGUGGAAUAUUGACGGAAACAAUGACAAAAAUUUCGAAUCCGACGACACUUGCAUUGAAUUAUGGCGAACUGGACUGUGCUUGGCAGUACAACACAAACACUGUGCAUAACAUUCGAAUGAUACUCAAUGCGCCGGCAAUGAACUGCGAUACAGAAUACAUAAACAUUUAUUGGGGCAAGACUUCGAAUGGGCCGAGAGUCAGUCAAAUUUGCGGAGACACAGUAUCGAAUCAAACGAUCAACAUCAGCGGACAGAGUGCAUAUGUUGAGUACCACACUGAAGCUUACAAUCCAUUCGAGAGUUUUGACAUUGAUAUCGUGUCAUCGGACGGUAUAUGCGGCGGCACUCUUGUUGCAUCCAAUUAUGUGUUUUCGAGUCCGAAAAUUGGUACCAAGUAUCCACCCAACGCUGAAUGCGAAUGGAUUAUACGUGCUCAAAAUGGUUACCAUGUUGGUUUGACGUUUAUCAAUCGUUUUAUGAUCGAAACCAGUACCAAUUGCACCAAAGAUUAUGUGAAGGUGUUCAACAAGGUCAAUGGCGAAUUCAAAGAAAUCAAACGAUUGUGUGGACGAGAAACGCCACAAUUUUUAAAUUCAACGGGUCGCGAAAUGAAAGUGUUAUUCCGCACGGACGGCGAUGGUGAUGGCGAUGGUUUUACAGCACAAUGGUCAGAAAACUGUGGUGGCAUAUUCAAGGCAACAAAUGUUCCACAGUUGAUAACAAGUCCACGCUAUCCUGAUCUCUAUCCCAAGAAUGCUUUCUGCAAUUAUUCGAUAAUCGCUGACGAUGAACAGUCUGUUACAGUGAAAUUCCUAAAGCUCGAUCUAGAAUACCAAGGCAUAACGUGCUUUUUUGAUAAUAUUACAAUUUAUAAGAAACAAUCAUCGUACGAAGAUGCAAUGGAAAAAGUUGGAACAUAUUGUACGAAAAAUUCGCUGAUCACUUUCCGUUACACAUCACAAAUCGAUUUGGUGUUUCGAACCGAUUCAGAAUAUGAGGAGAGCGGUUUUAAAUUCGAGUUUAGCACUGAUAGAUGUGGAGGCAAUAUAACAACAUCGAAACGAAUUGAAAGCAUAACUGAUGACAAUUAUUAUGAAACAUAUCUACCGGUGGCAUCGUGUGUUUGGUACAUCACUGCACCAAGUGACAAAAACAUUGUCAUUCGCUUUGAACAGUUUGAUUUGGAGGACCAUGGGAGCUGCAGUUAUGACUAUGUGACAGUUUAUGAGGGCCAUGGCACGGUUGAGAAUAAUCUUAAAGCUCGAUAUUGUGGAAAUCUCACCGCACACGCUCCGGUUGUUGUUGUUGAUUCAAACAAAGCCAUCGUCAAGUUUGUCAGUGAUGAAUCGGAUCAUCGAAAAGGUUUCACAGUACUGAUUUUGUUCACGAAAAACUGUAGUCAACACAUACAUUUAACCCAUGACCAGCCGAAAUACACUCUGAACAAACUAACCGAUCAAUACGAGUCGAUGCUCACAUGCGAAUAUUUCAUAAAUGCGCCCAAAGGCUAUGUGAUUAAAGCAAAGUUUAAUCAAAUGCAUUUGGUGCCGUGCGUAACUAUUGCAGUUAAUAACUCAUGCACGUGUGAUUAUUUGAAUGUACGCGAUGGAUAUGGCCAAUACUCGGAACCAUUUGGUUCGUUUUGUGGUCACUCGAAUCCACCAGAUAUUCUGUCGUCCACUCCAAGUUUGUACAUGCGAUUUGUUACCGAUAACAUUGGCUCGGGCUCUGGUUUUAGCAUCGAUUUGGACAUGGUGGAAACACCGUGUGGUCCAAGUACCUACCAUUUGAACGAUUCACUGAGCAGCAUUACGAUUCAAUCGCCAAUGAAUAGGCACUUGUAUAUGCCAAAUAUGAAUUGCAUUUGGCAUAUUUCCGCUGAUGUUGAUAAAUUGAUUAAAGUUCAUUUUGAACAGUUCGAAUUGGAAGCAGACGAUCAAGACAAAUGCACAAACGAUUUCUUGGAAAUUACCGAUGAUAAAGAGGAUGGGACGUAUCAGUAUGUACGCGAGGGCGUUGGACAAAAUGUGUUAUUCUCUGGAUCAACGAAAUCAAAGAAACAAUAUUUCUACCGAGGUCGACAAUGGCCGAAUGCAGCGCAUCGCUACUGCGGAAACAAUAUUCCAAUUGAUUAUUUCUCAUCAUAUCGAACCAUUUCGGUGAGCUUUAAAUCGAAUGAAAAGGAUGAAGCGAGCGGUUUUAGAUUCACCGCAAAAAUCGUCUCUGAAUGCGCACAAAAUUACACGCAGCCACAAGGUCGGAUAUUUGGAAAGGAUUUAUCCGACUGUGAAUCGUAUAUUAGCGUUCCAGAAAAUUAUACAAUUACUUUGUAUUUUACUUCAUUGAGUUUCCUUUUGAAUCGCGAGUGCACCGUAGAUAAUACACCGUUGAAAAUUUAUAAUGGCAGAAAUAAUGAGCUACUUGAGUCGUAUUGCGCUGAUAGUAUACCAGAUCCUCUCUUCACGGCAACCAAUCUUUUGAAAUUAAAAUUCAAAAAUAUUUCACAUGCCCACGUUUCAAGUGAAGAAUAUGACAUCACCUAUUUGGUAACGGAUAAAGGUCGAGGAUGUGGUGGUGCGCUAUACAACUACGGUGGAACAUUCACAAGUCCUGGCUACCCCAAUACAUAUCGAAACAAUUCGCUCGAUUGUACAUGGAUAAUAAGUGUUCCAAUGAAUUUGCUGGUUGCCGUACGUUUUCCAGUGUUUGAUAUGGGACUGAGAGCAACAUGUGAUUCAAACUAUGUGGAACUUAUUGAGAACGAUGAUACUGUGCCACCGACCAAGUUUUGCGGUACCGAUGAACCAGCACCAUAUAGAGCCAAAUCUAGUCGGUUGGAGGUACACUUCAAAAACAGCAUAAAUUUUGCGGGCACCGGCUGGGUUAUUGAUUUUAUGGCAGUACAUGAGGAUUCAAUUUUGAAUAACUUCUGAAACAUUUGUCAUCCGAAAAUUAACUAUGACUGCAAAUUGGAACAUAUUCGUUUGAAAAAUUAAUUAUGACUUGGUUGAAAUAAAGCACUAAAUGUUUAACUAUUUCAAA